GCCCCCGCCCUCUCCUCCGGUCUUCGAUUGGUAAUACGAGCCGUCAGUCGGGGAGCAUCGGUCGUCGAUUGGCCGAGAGGCGCGGCGGGGCGGGAGGAGGAGGAGGCGGAGGAGGAAGCGCGGGGCCCCGGAUGUUUCCCCUCGCCAUGGAUGACCUGAACCUGCACUACAGGUUCCUGAACUGGCGCCGGCGCAUCCGGGAGAUCCGGGAGGUUCGGGCCGUGCGGUACCAGGAGCGCGCCAAGCACAUCCUGGUGGACGGCGACACGCUCAGUUAUCACGGGAACUCCGGCGAGGUCGGCUGCUACGUGGCACCGCGGCCCCUCACCAGGGACAACAACUACUUCGAGGUGUCCAUCGUGGACAGCGGGGUGCGGGGAACCAUCGCCGUCGGCCUCGUGCCGCAGUACUACAGCCUGGACCACCAGCCCGGCUGGCUGCCCGACUCCGUGGCGUACCAUGCCGAUGACGGGAAGCUGUACAGCGGCAGAGCCAAGGGCCGCCAGUUCGGCACCAAGUGCAGCUCCGGCGAUCGCAUCGGCUGCGGCAUCGAGCUGGUCUCCUUCGAGGUGCAGACCGCCCAGAUCUUCUUCACCAAAAACGGGAAGAGGGUGGGCUCCACCAUCAUGCCGCUGUCCCCCGAGGGGCUUUUCCCGGCGGUGGGGAUGCACUCGCUGGGGGAGGAGGUCCGGCUGCACCUCCACGCCGAGCUGGGCACGGAGGAGGACGACAGCGCCAUGAUGGUGGACAGCUACGAGGAGGAGUGGGGGCGGCUGCACGACGUGAAGGUCUGCGGCACGCUGCUGGAGUACGUGGGCAAAGGGAAGAGCAUCGUGGACGUGGGGCUGGCGCAGGCUCGCCGCCCCCUCAGCACCCGCAGCCACUACUUCGAGGUGGAGAUCGUCGACCCGGGGGAGAAGUGUUACAUCGCCCUGGGGCUGGCCCGCAAGGAUUACCCGAAAAAUCGGCAUCCCGGCUGGAGCAGGGGCUCGGUGGCGUACCAUGCGGACGACGGGAAGAUCUUCCACGGCAGCGGGGUGGGGGACCCCUUCGGCCCCCGCUGCUACAAGGGUGACAUCAUGGGCUGCGGCAUCAUGUUCCCCCGUGACUACAUCCUGGACAGCGAAGGUGACAGCGACGACACCUGUGACACGGCGGAGGUGAAGCCCAAACCCGUCCGGAACGUGAUGUACCUGCACCAGGAGGAGGAGGAGGAGGAGGAGGAGGAAGAUGACGGGGAGGAGAUGGAGCAGGAGCACGAGGGCAAGAAGGUGGUGGUUUUCUUCACGCGGAACGGGAAGAUCAUCGGGAAGAAGGAGGCGGUGGUGCCGGCCGGCGGGUACUUCCCCACCGUGGGCAUGCUCAGCAGCGGAGAGAAGGUCAAGGUGGACCUGCACCCCCUCAGCGGUUAGGGGGGGGCACGGGGGGGGCACCCCCCACCCUCCUCGCCCCCACACCCCCGCGCACUUUAAGGCCUUUUCCCCCAGCAGUGGGGUGUCCCGCUCUGUCGUGGGGGGGGUCACCCGUGGAGCUGCGGGCGCCCCGCUGCCCCCCCUGCCGCGCAGUGUGUGGUGGGGGGUCCCUGGGGGGGGGGCACACCCAGAAUUAAGGGCACAUCCCACUUGUGCCCCCCCCCAAAUCCAUGGUGUCACUGUCCUGUCCCCCCCCACCUUGUGAAUGUAACCCCCACCCCAGGAUCCCCCCACCCGUUCGGGGGGGGGGGCUGCGCCCCUUUCCCCCGCCCCAGGACCCCCCCACACCACGGGGGGGGGGGGCGGAGGGGCCGGGCUGGGCCCCCCCUGACCGAGCCGGCGCAGAAAGAAGGAGCCUGGGCCGGGGGGGGUUGGUUUCUCCGUUGGCAUUUGCACAUGGUCGGACGGGGGGGGUCCGCCCCCCCAGACAGCUCCGCGCCCCCCCCAUAAUAUAUAUAUAUAUAUUAGAGACGUCUGACUAAACUCAUAUAAAUCCUUUCUUAGAC